UCGGACGCUAUUUAUGACGGACAAAAAUAAUACGGAGCGGAAGUAGAGCCAACAGCUGAGGCCUGAAAACAUUUAUUAAUAUUAAAGGCUUUACAUUUAGUGCUGUUACGUGUCCACAGACGGAUAGAUGUCUGAUGCAUCAGAUUUUCCCAACCAAGUAGAAGAGGAGGUUUCACCCGAAGAACAGGAGCAGUCUGAGGACAGCAGUGAGGAAGAAGCUGCAGGAGAUACAGAAAGUACCUGAAACCCUUUUAGUGUGGACUUCCUGCGCAGCCUCUUCUCCAGCACCCUGGGCCUCGGCUCGGCUGAGAAAGUUCUGGAUGAGCUGACUCUGGCCGGAGUGGCGCGGUACAUUAACAGUGGCAAAUGUGAGGAUCUGCGUAAACGGGUUUACUCUGGUUCCAGUUGUAAGUGAUGGCAUCACAGGUUUCUCUGCGUCCAAACAGGUAAAAACAUAGUCUGCAUGGUUGGAGCAGGAAUAUCAACAUCUGCGGGGAUCCCAGACUUCCGCUCACCAGGGACUGGCCUGUAUGCAAACCUGCAGAAAUACAACCUGCCCUACCCAGAGGCCAUUUUUCAGAUAGAUUACUUUAAGAAACAUCCUGAGCCGUUCUUCGCCCUAGCGAGGGAGCUUUACCCCGGACAGUUUAAGCCAACAAUCUGCCACUACUUCAUAAAGAUGCUGAAGGACCAGGGACUCCUGAGACGCUGCUACACACAGAACAUCGACACCCUGGAGCGAGUGGCCGGGCUGCAGGGCGAGGACCUGAUUGAGGCCCACGGAACAUUCUACACCUCACACUGUGUCAGCUUCUGCUGCCGCAAAGAGUACACCCUGGACUGGAUGAAAGAAAAAAUCUUCGCCGAUGCGAUUCCUAAAUGUGAGAAAUGCGGCAGUUUGGUGAAACCAGAUAUUGUUUUCUUUGGAGAGAGUCUUCCUUCCCGUUUCUUCACUUCAGUGAAGCAGGACUUCCCUCGUUGUGACCUGCUCAUCGUCAUGGGAACGUCUCUGCAGGUGCAGCCGUUUGCCAGUUUAGUCAGCAGAGUUCCCAAAAGUUGCCCCAGACUUCUCAUUAACAUGGAAAAAGCUGGAGAGGCUGGUCCCAUGUUGGGGUUGUUGGGUUUUGGAGGAGGGAUGGACUUUGACUCGGACAAAGCCUACAGAGAUGUGGCUCACAUCAGCACGUGUGACGAUGGCUGCUUGGCUCUCGCUGAGUUGUUGGGUUGGAAG